GCUUGGUGCUUAACAGGUUAAAACCUUAUUAGAACCAAUAGGUAACGUUAGCCAAAGUUGUGAGAAUGUUCCCUGCUAGCUGGGAUAUCACAAUGUCUGUAGCAACUGAAUAAUGCACAUUUCCUAUCGAGAGUCAUGUUGUUAACACAGCUAAAAUAGUAAUUAAACAAUUAACUGAAAUACACAAAAAGUAUUGCACGAGUAAAAACAAAUUGAUGGUUAAAUAAAUAACAAUAUACCUGCAUUUGGUUAUUUAAUCAAGGUCAAACUGCAAAGCUGAAAGAACUGGAGUUACAGAAGAUUGAGGUGGACAAGCUAAAACAACAACUUCAAGUACAAGCAGCAGAGCUGACCACUGUGAAAGCCAGGUCAAAUGUCACAGAAAACUAGAUGGAGAAUCUGAAGAGAGACGGAGAAGUCAAACAGGUGGCUUUCUCAGCCUCUCUGUUGGCUUCAGGCUCAGGAACUAUUGGACCAUUUCACACGCAAACUAAUCUGGUAUUCAGAUACUUAAUCGCAAAUAUUGGGAAUGCCUACAACCCAAACACAGGUUUUUUCAUUGCACCGGUGAGAGGAGCCUACCACUUUGAGUUCUACGUAUAUGGUCCCGGUGAUCCUUCACAUCCUUCAGGAGCUGUGUUGUUCAAGAAUGGAGAGAAAGUUUGUAUUGCAUAUGAACAUCAGCCGUCAGGUUUUGCAAAAUCUUCGAAUGGUGCCACGUUGCUUCUAGAGGUCGGAGAUGUUGUGUUUUUGCGUUUGCUUCAAAACUCCAAGAUAUUUGACAAUGGAAAUCAUCAUAGCACCUUUAGUGGUCAUCUGCUUUUCACCAUGUGAAAAGGAAACCGUUUUUCUUGUGUGUCAGUUCUUGUUGAAAAAAGUGUAAUUAGUUUUUCCUUAAUAUGAAAGCUGAUAACAAUACAAUACGCUUUUGAUCAAAAAUAUGUGAUUUUCAACAUAAAAUAAAGGAAGUGCAAUAAUUCAUGAGAAUAUUGUGUUUAUUUUCAGAAUUCACUUCAUUUAUCACAAUUUUUUGAAAUACUAAAGAUAAAUCCUGUUUUUUUUGCCUCAAUCAAAAAUGACAAGGAGAAACGACCUACAUGUUGGUUAGAGCUUAUAGAAAUGUGAAUAAUUUCGUUCUGUUAAUGUGACAGGGGGAAUUCCGUUUGUU